UUUGAUAAAUGGUCUGGUCACGUCAAUUAUUUCAAUACGGAGGGAGUAGCAUUUAUUUAAAAAAAUGUGUGCGACUUGCCGUCAUAGUCUGCCAGACAAAAGAGACGAUCAAUAUUCUUAACACAAAAAGAACUAAAGAGAAGGACAAAUGGCGUGCGUCUGAAGUUUAUAAAUUGCAAAGCUUCACGAAAGUACAAUGUGAGAUUCCACAGGUUCCGAUUCUCAGUUGAGAGCAGCCACGGCACAAGUUUCCUCCCGAACAGUACAAUUUGUCAUCAGGGUCACCAACUUGAGUUUCAAACGCGUGCUAUAUAUAACAGCAGUUCACGUUCAGCACUGCACGGCAGCAUAAAGAGAGAUUCUUCAGAGUCUCAAUUAGUGGCAGAUAAAUUUUCCAAUCAGCAUCUAGACCAGAUAAAUCUCUCCAACCAAGAAUCUACUUUACCCGAGACUUUGCCGUGCGCUCAUUGGGCUCAAUCAUAUGCGAUAAACCAAAGUUUUAUCCGCCGCGCCAUCGCCUUCUUUCCCUCUUUAUAAAAGACAAACAAGGAGCUCAAGCUUCUUCCAACACCACAAUGGCUCACACCUUCGUGCCUGAUGCAUGGGGUUGGAUCACCAGCCUGCCCCCAUUCUCCCAGUGGCGCACCAGCACCAUGUCCCUUUGCAUCUGCGCCACGCCUUCAGCCUCGACGUCAUCACAGCCGACAUCAAUGACCCUCUCGGUUGCCAAAACACCUCCCACCCAGCCUUCCUACAUCACCUUCUCCAUCUCCGCCAACUACCGCGAGCCAAUUUUCCUGUGGACGUCGAAACCAGUCCACCUGAAAACCAAGGCGCAGCAGUCCCUGGACGAGCAGGACAUGGUGCAGCUGUUCGUAGACAUCGUGAACCAGGUGCUGCGGUACGGGCCUGACAACAGCAGCAAGCCCUCCUUCCGGUUUCCUGGGGCGCAGCACCUCCAUGGCGGCAGCUUCAGCGACGCGUUCAACAUAGUCUUCUUGUCCCUGGCCUUCCUGGUCUGCAUCUACGAGGCUCCCCGUGACCUCCGCCGCGGGUGCCUGGACUCACUGAGGACGCAGCUGAUCGGCCCGAAGUGCAGAGGCGCUGCAAAGACCCUCGUCAAAAUGCUCGGCGCCAACCUCGAGGAGCAGUGGAUGCAGACGAUGAACCUUGCAGUGACCAACUGGAUGGUUGAGCUGCGGUCCUCGCACCAGACGCCCAGGGCAGCGUCACCGCUGUUCUCGUAUGCCCUCCAGGCGAGCGGGCUCUGGAAGGUCCAGCUGUACUGCCCAGUGAUCGCCAUGGGCAUGGAGGAUCCUGCAGCAGCGGUGGCGCAGGAUGAGCGCCUUCUCUUCUCGCUCACUUAUCAGCAACUUGAAGGUGUGGUCCAGCUAGCCUACAAAACAGUCAGAAAGGAUAACUGGAUUGAUAUCGAGGUAAAGGUGGAUAACAUAAGGUGUGUUGUGGACUCUUUGGUCUCCGAGACCCUCAUGGCAGAGCGUGGAUAUGGUUCUGAAGAGAAGCAUUUCCCAUCUCGCGUCAUGCUGCAGAUCACACCCAUGCAACAAACAGAUGUAUUGUCGGUUUCGGUCAGCAAGUCAUCCGACAACCCCACCCAUGAGUUCGGUCUCGAGAAGGGCAUUGAGGGUUCAUUCGAUCCCCCAAACUCAUUUGGUCUCAAGGCCUCAGUCGCUGAAAGCCUCACGCUGGCCAUGAAACCCUGGAAAUUCGAGCAGUCUGUGCACGGAAACACUGCAACCUUGAACUGGUUUCUGCACGACGGCAUGAACGGAAGGGAGGUUUGUGCUUCAAAGCCUUCCAAGCUUUCGCUGCUUCAGCCGAGGGCUUGGUUCCGCGACAGGUACUCGAAUGCGUAUCGCCCGUUCACGAAGCAGGGUGGCAUUAUUUUUGCCCGCGAUGAGUAUGGAGACAGUGUAAACUGGAAAGUCUGUGGUGCAGCAUUAGGAAAGACUAUGGACUGGGAAAUCAGAGGCUGGAUUUGGCUAACCUACUGGCCAAACAAACAAAGGACCUCUCACAGUGAAACAAGGUGGCUUGAAUUCAGAGAAUGUCUGCAACUUCCCCUCACAAAGUUUCCAUAG